GGAAUCUUAAUUAUGUUUCUCUUCAAAACCUGGUCAACUGUAAGACUGGUCGCCGUCUUACUCAGUUUGGGGAUUCAGCAGAGCACCUGGAAAGCAGUGGAAACGAUUCAUCCAGAAUGUGCUGUGGUGGCUGAGCAUAUGAGGGCUCGAGAGCAAUGCAUUCACACUCAAAGACAAGAGGCCCGCAACAGCAACAAUAUCACCGGGUGUCGUACUGAGUGGGAUGACUUUUGGUGCUGGUACAGGGCAGAGGUCGGACAGGUUGUCAACGUCUCCUGUCCCGAAGUGUCUCAGUUCUUUGCGAUUAAUCAUGGUUUCAUAAUUAGGAAUUGCACCAAGAGUGGCUGGACCAAAGUCUACCCAUCCUAUGAGAAUGCUUGUGAGAUUGUGGAGGAUGUGGAAUCGGAAACCGAGACCACAUAUUACUCCACUUUCAGGCAGGUGUACACUGCGGGUUACGCUACCUCUCUGAUUUCCCUCAUCUUUGCCAUCUUUGUGUUUAAAGCCUUCAGGAAGUUCCACUGCACAAGAAACUACAUUCACAUCAAUCUCUUUGCCUCCUUCAUCCUGCGAGCCAGUGCGAUCUUCAUCAAAGAUGCAGUUCUCUUUGCCGAUGAGAAUCUGGACCACUGCUUCAUGUCAACAACCUCUUGCAAGGCAGCGGUGGCUUUCUUUCAGUUCAGUAUCCUGGCUAACUACUUCUGGCUGCUGGUUGAGGGGAUGUAUCUACAGACUCUUCUAGCUCUAACUUUUGUCUCACAAAAGAAGUAUUACUGGUGGUACAUACUUAUUGGCUGGGGUCUACCAACACUAAUACUGACCAUCUGGGUUCUAGCAAGGAAUUGUUCUGAUAACAGAGGGUGCUGGGAUGACACAGAUGUUGCUUACUUUUGGUGGAUUAUCAAAGGACCCAUCACAGUGUCUCUGCUGAUGAAUUUCUUCAUCUUCAUAAAUGUGAUCCGGAUUCUUGUGCAGAAGCUGAAGACUCCAGGAAUGGGUGGCAGUGAUACCAACCACUUCAUGAGACUGGCCAAGUCUACCCUUUUCUUGAUUCCUCUGUUUGGCAUGCACUACAUGGUUUUUGCCUUCCUGCCAGAGAACACAGGAGAAAACGCUCGCCACUUUCUUGAACUCGGCCUGGGUCCCUUUCAGGGUUUUGUUGUGGCUCUAUUAUACUGUUUUCUCAAUGGAGAGGUCCAAGCAGAACUGAAGAAGAGACUGUGGAAGUGGCAGACACAAAAUUAUUUGAGAUACAGUAAGAGAAGACGAACCCUCUUUACUGAGAGCAGCACAGUCACACAAAUCUCAGUUUUAGAGAAGUCCAGCCCUAAGGAGCUGCCCUUAACUGAGUCCCACAACAGUGUGUCAUCCAUCUGAAAUCAAGCUUUAUACUGUAUUUCAUCUCAUUCCCUGUUUCCCUUCCUCUCACACAUUACUGAAACAAGCUUUCUUGUUGCUUGAUGCUGAUAAGAGAAUACUCUCUAUUUUUGCAUAAUGCAGAAGCACAAAACAUGUUGUUUAGUUUCCUCUACUAAUUUAAAUGAGAUGCACUGACUAUUUACAGACCAAAUUAAAGGGACAGUUCACC